CUUGAAGAAACCAAGAAGCGGUUAACUGAGAUUUCUGAAAAGCUAGAAGACAAAACCAGACAAUACCUCAAACUACAAGGAAUGUAUGAUUCGCUUAGAAGGAAAGCUAUCACACCUACUCUGAUGUUGACAGGAGACGAGAAAAGACCAAUCGACAGUAGAGCGGAGCAAGUUCGAAAUUCCUUUUUAUUCUCUCUAGAUACAGGAGCAGAUCUUCUACGCACAUCCUCAUCAAAUAGCGUUAAUCCUGCUGUUAUCCCUGUACAAGCCGAGCGUGACUUUGCACUCCAACAACGCGGACUUCCUGCUCAACGGCCUUCAUCUUGUGCAGCUACACCAACAUGCCCAACUGAUCAUCAAAUCCAGAAAAACUUUACUGUGGAUUUUGUCAGUACUCCAGACUUAACAAGAAGGCUCUAUCGUAAGAAAUGAAAACUAAACCAAAUGACGUUGAGAAGUAC